AUGAAACCGAUGGAGAUAGGGGAGCCUCCGACCCAUCACAAUGUCGUCGCUUCCCACCGACAUCGAGCAAUUCGUAUCUUCGUCCCUUGCGGAUUAGUCAUCGUGCUCGUGAUCUUUGUCAUCUCCAAAUCGGAUCAAUCGCUCCAUGAAACCGCCGCAACAUGGCGGGACCACCUCGUCAAAGGCUGGAACUUCGAACCUCAAAGUUCGACCGUCGUCUGGGCCGGAUCCGACAUCGGUCUUUCGCAGAAGAUGCUCACAAAGCCGAACGAUAAUUUGCGAGCGACUUUCAUCCAUUCGGUCGUGAAGAGUAAUGCGGCUACGUAUCGGAACGAUGGGCUCGACUAUGAUCUCUACGUCUCUCUCGCGAUGCAUGUCGAGGGUGAGUGCUUGCCUAAGCAAAACCUGUCCCGUUCCCGACCCAUCGAAUCCUCCUUCCCACGGAAAGUAUGUGCCCAAAAUACUCACUCGUGUAGCGUUGAGUCUUCGAUAACAGCUAUACCAUAUCAUCACGACCAAUGGCAAAUCGUAUCGACGGACCUAUCGUACCUCACCACCGCGAUUGCCUGCACUCACGUUUUCGCCGGCCAACUUUUCACCGUUGAGGGCUGGCAACACUUCCUCACCUGGUCUUUCGUGGUCAACUGCCCGAUCCCGCCACAGCUGGCAGAAGCGAUGGCGCAAAAUACGGGAUUGGUGCUGCAUACGAAGAUCGCCUGGACAUACAAGGAAGAUAGAGGCAAAUUUAGCCAUGCCCUUUCGCUCAAGGCGCAUCAUCCGGAACCGGAGAGCGAAGUGCUUUUGCUGUACUGCUCGCGAAUGUUAUCGCCUACGACCAAGGGGAAGUUCGACUAAACUUUUCUCUAUCUUUGCCCAGUUCGGCAUCUGCCUCUCGCCCAUCUGGGGCCACCUCAAUGCUCGCGCAACCUUAGAGUGGCGGGAAAACGUACGCCGUCUAGGCGUCGAUACCGUGCACUGGCAUGCGCGCGAUGCGAGUGUGGCCGAAUGGGUGCGACGCUACAACUCGGUCACAGGCGCCAAGGAUACGUUCAUGUAUGCCCCGCCGACGAGUCUAGAGACCUACGGCCAUCGAAAGAAUCUUGCAGAGAAUGGAUUGUAUGGCGAUCAGGUGCGUCAAAUCAUUCUCGAUCCAGAUCACGCGGGGUUAUUCGUCGAUUGCUGAUGCACUUAAACCCAAUGAUAGAUCAUCUACUACACCUCGUGCAGGUUCCAGUCACACCAACUCUAUCCAACUCGUUGGCUCGGUUACCUCGAUCGAGAUGAAUAUUUCUUGCCCCGAAGCUUACCUUCAACAGUCUCCCGUCAACCGGCGAACGUAUCCCCCCCGACCCGACAAUACUCCGCACCUUCUUACUGGACUACUUUUCCAACGUCUCGGCCGAACUGGGAUCGGUGUGCUUCGCGAGGUCCUACCACGCCGGUAAAGUCGAUUUCGAUUUCUCGGACGUGGUGCCUCCCCAGGUGGCGUCGACCCCCUUCCCGCUGCUCGGUUACCUCAAGACGUGGUGGCCACCUGCACGGAGUCAUAAAUGCAUGCAUCGCGUGAACGGGAAUGAGAUGGCGAGCGUGAAGUGAGUCACUUCACCUCGAUACCGUCCAGAACAAGCUGACUGAAAGACUUUCCCGUCGUACCAGCUACGGUGAAGCUUGGUACCCCGGCUUCUCCCAAAUCAUUUACGACAACGUCACCUCCAGUAAACUCCCUUUCUAUCUCUGGCACCGGCCCUCCGAUGAUGCAGGACCAGGUGUGGAACCUCCUUACCCUCCGAAUGAGUUGAAGCAGUAUAUCGCUGAUUUGUGGAUACAGCGCGAGCGGACCUGGGCACGAAUGCGGUGGAAGUGCGAUAGUUUGCCUUGUCGCUUUUGA